ACUACAUUUCCCAGGGCAACCGUCGACCAAGGAACUAUUGCGCAACAUGAGAAAGUGUUGUUUAUCUCCGUCACAGCAGUAGGCUCGGGCGCCUCAGACCAGCUGGACCACGGUAACAACAGACCCACUCAAGGUGCAGCAAUGACAUCGACCUUCUCCCAGGUUGUUUUCAACGACAUCCCUAAAACGUACUACAGGUCAACCCAAGUCACCUGCCACUACACUCUGGCCGUCGGGUUUCUACCCACCACGAGGGAUUGGGUAGGAAUAUACAAGGUAGGAUGGAGCACAACCAAAGAUUAUUUGAGCUUCGUUUGGGUGGAUCCACCGGUUGAGCUCGUUGAGCAGGAGCCAAUGAGAAAACAGUCUCUGUUUUCAGAAUACUACCUUCCCAAGGAGGAGUCCGAGUUCUACCAGUUUUGCUACGUGGACAGCCUCGGCUACGUGAAAGGGGCCAGCACGCCCUUCAGCUUCCAGAACCCAGUAGAGAACAUGGAUUGCAGCAUGGAGACUGACCUCAUGGUGGUUACAACACAGGACGAGAUCGAUCGAAGUGAACGAGAGAAAGAGGAGUUGAGGCAGACGCUAGAGCAGCUGAGAAGGGGAACCCGCGGCGUGCAGACGGCCCUGGAGGAGCGGCAGAGGGAGGUGGACCGCCUGAAGGAGAAUAACAAAGAGAGAGACCAGAGGGAAUCUGACCUUGUGGAGGAACUGAACCAAGCCAGGGUCUUUCUGAUAGAGAAGGACAAGGAAGCAGAGCGCCUCAGGGAGGAGAUAUCAAUCCAAAGCAAAAAGCACCUGGAUCCCGAUCAGGACAACUUCACCGAAAAGCAGAAACCGGAGAUAAGUAAACCAGGGAUAAACACAGCCUGUGAGGCUGAGCUCAGGGAGAAGUAUGACCGGGCUGUGGUGCAGAUCCGUCAGCUAAAGGUGGAGCUCGAGAAGCAGAGACAACGUAUCACCACGAGUGAAGAGAUGGCAGACCUGAUACCUAAGGUCAAAGGAGAGGAAAAGGAGGAGUUGAUCAGACUUAAAGAUACGAACCAGCUCCUUGAGGUGGACCUAAAAUGCAGUGAGAGUGAGAAAGAGAGGCUCUCUGUGGAGCUGAACCAGUUGAAGCUCCUCAUCCAUGACAUGGAGAAGCUGAGGAGCGAGAACCAGGAGCUGCGUAAGAGCCUCUCCCAGCAAGAGGUUCGUCACAACCGCCCAGACCAGGACUACAAGGCACAAUGCAACACCAUGAUGGGCCAGCUAGAAAAUGCUCGGACACAGCUGACCAAUGAGAGGAAGGAGUGCAAUGACAAGAGAAGGCUUGUGGAGGAGGCCGAGAGAGAGUUGCUGAAUGCAAAGAGUCAGAUGCACAUCACAGAGAUGGAAAAUUAUCGGAUCAAAGAAAACGGCAGCAAACUGAAGCUCCGCCUUGAAGAGUCUCAGGCGAACAUCGCUGAAAAAGUUGCAGAGAUUGCAGAGAUGAGUGGCAUUAUCGAGCUGCGGGAGAACCGGCUGAAGAUCCACAACCAAGAGAGAGAAAAGCUUGUUCGGGAGCACCAGUCAGGUCUGGCAGAGUCACUUCGGAUCAUAGCCGAAAGAGAGUCACAGAUCGCAGAGAUCCAUGGAACCAUCGAGCUGAGAGAGAACCGGCUGAAGAUCCAGAACCAAGAGAAGGAGCAGCUUGUUCGAGACAACCAGCGUCUGAUGAAAACCAUUGAAGACCUCCGCAGGGAACAGGCUGCGGGGGGUUCAGGCUCCUCUCGGCCCGAGAGGCCGGCCCACAGCCCACCGCCCCGCGGCACGGGCAGCCCUGCUCAUGGGCUACAGCAGAACGAACCGGGAUCUCAGUUUGAGGAGCCACACAACACAACUGGAAGGGGCCCGAACACACAGGAAACGAGAAAGGUGUGUCGUAGCUGCCACAUGAGCUUCCCUGGCAUCACACUGGAGGAGCUGGAGCAGCAUGAGCAGAGCCACAGGGUGUGUCCGUUCUGCACGCUCAUCUGCGAUGACAUGGGACAGGCUGAGUUCGAAGAUCACGUCUACAGCCACGAGAUAUAAUCCAAAUAGAAUCCACCAAAAUGUGUCUUAUCUGCCUUACUUUGCACAGGAAAAUCGAUUGCAUUUCGAUUAGGAAAUGGCUUUAUUUUUCUUAUUAAGCUGGAAUUAAUUUAACUAACUUCUUAGAUGAAGUCAACUGUAAAACCUUAUGCACUUAAUAACAAUAUUAUACUGUUGCUUAGGAGAAAAACUAAUUAAACAAUGUGUGUGAUUGCCCAAUCACGGUGAUAUAUUGUAAUGUCUAGUUUAGAAGAAUAAACUAAAUAAACUAAAAAAUCUUG